AUGCAUACAUGUGUAUAUUGGCUGUUUGUCGUUGUAUUUUUUUUAUUUCAAAAAGUUAGCAUAUUGAAAGCAACUGAAAAUUUGAUAUCGCCUAACGAAGAUAAUUCCUACACCUUAUAUUUUAAGAAUAAGCAAAGAUAUGUAAUUCAACGAAGCGAAGAGUCUGCAUAUAAAAACUUCUUAUUAUAUGUAGAAGAAAUUUAUAAAAGUACCGUUAUAUAUCCGAUUAAAUAUGUUUAUAAUGUUCCUUUGGGGUAUUUCGAAAAUUUAAUAUCAUAUAAAAAAGAAGAUAUAAAGAAUAAAAGCUUGAAAGAAUUUUGUGAAAAUCAAAAACAAUUAUAUGAAAAUAAAGAUGGCAACCAAGUAUGUUUCUGUUGUUAUUGUCCCCAUCCUAGUUUAUUCCCUUUAUAUUCUCAAUUAAAAUACAAAAUAAAAAAAUUUUUAUGCAAUAAAAAAGACAAUAAUAAGGAUGUAGUACUAACAUUGUCAUGCUUAAAAAAACGAGAAGAAGAAUAUCAUGGAUUUUAUAUUCAGCCAAGUUCCAAUUUUUUUAUGUUAAAUGUUACAAUGCAACAAUUUGAUUUAAAUAAUGAACUAUUUAUAAAUAGAAAUAUAAAACCACCAUUGGAUAGAAAGACAUACUUAUUAAAUUCUUCAACAUUCAAAAUUGAUGAUGAGGUGUUUAAUAUAAAAAUAGAUUUCGAUGUUGAAAAGACACACCAGGGAAGUUCCAUAGAAGGAAACUAUAUUUUCAUGGAUGCGGAAAUGUUCAAAGAAAAGAUAAAUCUCGAGGACACAUUUAUAGAUGAUGAAAUACUGAAGAAAUCAGUGAUUGUUGAAUCUAACAAUUUGAGUGAUAAAGGAGAUGUAUGUAACAAAAUAAAUAGAUAUCCUAUGAUAUGGAAAAAGGGAAAGGGAUUUUGUUCAUUUCCUCAAAAUUAUUGCUUAAAAAAACAGCUAGCUAAUUUUAUAAAUACGGAGAAAAAAAAAAAAAAAGAAAAAAAAAAUUUUUACAACUAUUUUUUUUUUCUUAUUAAAAAGUCAGAAUUAUUGAACAAUUCAAAUGAACAAAAUAGAAAAGAAAUAGCUAUGGAAUAUGAGAGAAAAAUGGAUGUAGAUAAAAAAUGGAAUGACAACUGUCACAAUAAUAAUAAAGAAUUUAUAGAGUGUAUAAAAAAUAAUUUUUAUAUAGGGUUAGAAAAGAAAGCACAUAAUUUUAUGGAUAUAAGAUCAUAUAAUAAUGAAAAACUAAAUAUAUAUUAUGAUGAUGAUACAAAAGGAGAAUCGAUAUCAUUUAAUCAUAGUUUGAGUAAUUGCUACGAUUUUAAUAAUACAUUAGAAAGGGAUUGUACAAUAUAUAUGAGUAUAUGGAAUAAAGAAGACAUAGAUAAAGAAAUAAAUGUUUUUUUAAAUUGUGAAAAACAAAUAGUUAAGGAUAUAAAUAGUAUAGAAAAGAAGGUUUAUUUAUGUAAAAAAUGUGAAACUACUGUAACUAUUAAAUUUGAGCCAAUUAUUAAUUUAUCGACAACUAAGUGUAACAUUGAAAUGACAAAAGAGGUGAACAGAAUUGUAGAAAAGGAAAGAAAUGGAAAUAUUCAAGAAAAUUUGGAAGAAAAUUUGGAAGAAAAUUCGGAAAAGAAUAAGACCGACCAAUAUGAGUACCACCUGUUUGAUGCAAAUGAAACAGAAAAUGAAAAUCAAACAAAUGGUAUGAAAAUAACUAUGAAUUCACUAAUAGUUUUUGAUAUAGAUAAUAAAAUUGGGCAACAUUAUUUAAAAAAUCUAGAUAUAAUAGAAGGACCAACAUAUAUACCCCUAACUUAUAAACAAAUGUUUAUUAUAUAUGGUACGCCAAAAAAUAUAAUAAUAAUAAUUUUGUUAUUUAUAUUUUUUAUUGUGAUAAUAAUACCAAGUUUCCCUUUUUUUAAAUAUAUAAUAAGCAUUAAAUUAUUUCACGAGUUGAGAAUGAAUCGGAUUAUAUUAUUUUGGAAAGUUCAAGACAUUUAUGAAGAAAUCAAAUGGAGGUUAUAUAUUUGGAUUAAGAAUGGAGAAAAAGGAUGGGGAUAUUUGAAAAUAUUUUAUCUUUUUACUUUUAGAAAAUUUCGAAAAGUUGAAGAUUUAGCAAAUCAUACGUGGGAAACCAAGCAUGAGGAUAUAAUAAAAAGGGAUAAUGAAAAAAGAAAGAUAGACAAACAGAAUUUAAAAAAACAACGGAAUAAAAAAUUGAUAGAAUAUGAAAAGUUGUUUUUGAAAGAAUUACAUAAAGGUCAUGAAAAAAAGACAGAUGAAAGACAAAAAAAAAAAAAAAAGUUGAAAAAUCAGAAAGAAAUAAAAAUCCGAGAAACCGAUAAACAGUGUCAUCAAAAAGGGGAACAAAACAAAAGCCGGAAGCAACAUCGACACAAAAAAAGUGUGAAAAAACAUGAACAGAACGAAUUAGAAAAAAGAGAAAAAAUGUCAUUAUCAUCUAUCAAGGAUUAUGUCGAUUUAGAAGGAAAUUAUGUUUGCACAGAUUCAUCAAAUAAAAUUGGUAAUACUGAUAAAGCAUGCAAGGAUAAUAAAAAGAAGAUUGAUUAUAUAAAUAAAAAACGAAGAAAAAGAAAAUCAAAACAGAAAAGUAAAGCAACGGAUCCUUAUAAUACUAAUGAAUAUUAUAUAAAUGAAGACGAAAUGAAUUUAUCUUGUGGCAAAUAG